AGACCGUAGGCUCAUGGCAAGACAUUUGGUUAUUUGCGACACCGCCAGCCCGAUUUCAUGGACAUUGACAGGGAAUCGAACAUUUGCAGAACUUCUGAAGCUCUCACAAAUAGGGUGAAGCCCUACGUUUCUGCAAUUACGCAAGCUUCGGAGAAAGAAGAGUGAACAGACGCAUGUUGCGCUUGACUAGGGCCGAAAUGGGAAGCCAGCAAGGAAGUGCAUAUUUUCCUGGACCAAGGCCAAUCAUACCGAAUCUGCUACCUGUUCAGGGAAAGAAGGCCCAGUCAUCUGUUGGAUGAUCGAUCAAUAUGUGCAUCGCACGCAUGUGGUUACAUGCGAAGAGGAGCGUGGAGCGGGAUGAAAGAACAUUCACUGUCUUUUUGGGUUGUGCUGGGCUCAGCAGAAGUGUAUCACAGUCACGACUGCCUCAAGCACUUUGACUUUUGGCCCAGAGUCGAGCCCUUGCCUUGCGGAACGAAGAGGUAAAGGAUGCCCAUGCCCUCGACAUGUUUGCCUUUAAGGUGAUUAGAAGAGAUGAGCAAAUCCGGAGGGCUCAAGAAUGAUCUGUGUCUCUGCGUGGUUUCCUGGGCGGCGCUUGCAAAAACCAAGGGCUAGCAUUCAAGUGGCAUGUAGUUGGGCCUUCCAGGACGUGAAGCGCUUGCGCCGUGCCACAACCUCAGAAGGACCCUGAUUCCGCCAGGGGCAUGUUUGCAGGGGCUUGACGGAUUGACACCGCUUUAGAACGGCCAAUCCCAUUUCAGGGUGACGGCCGGACAUAACUAGGGCCCUGUGUGCAGGGCAGGGUUGCUCAGUCAUGGCCGGGGAAAGCACAAGCGGGGAGGGCCAACAUUACUCAUAGGUUGGUGGAGCCGGGUCUUGACGCCCCGUGUUUUGCACCCAAGACCCGGGAAGUGCUUGAGCGCAGCGCCUCUGACUGUAGGUACUUUUGCCAGCCUUCAAACACACAGAAACCCCCUCCAACGGACAGUUGUUCAUUCGUUUUCCUACACAUGUCGUCUGGAGGGCGGCCCUUGCGGUUUGAGUUGCGCAAUCAAGUUGCCCAGAACGGACUGCAGAAGUUUUGAGUGACAAGACAGCCGGAUGGCUGAGGCCAACACUGCCGGCGUUGUGGAGGAGUAUGAUCUGCCAAAGCCGCGUUAUGCCUUCGGCGUGUCGUGGCGCGACAGUGGCAGACACAUCGACAUCGACCUGCAGUGUGUAGUUGUGGACAAUGCUGGGGUGAUCAUUGACUGCGCGUACUACAACAACUUGAAAGCAGUCCGCGCCAUCACUCACUCUGGAGACGAGACGGCGGGCAAGCCCACGGGCAUCCAGGAAUUGAUAUGGGCUAACCUGAACAAGCUUCCGGCCCAUGUCUCAGUCCUCGUGUUCGUGGUGGCGGCCUACUCCGGUGGUUUGCUGCAAGA